AUGUUGGGUAUUCCUUGGACGGCGCGCCGCACUAAUGCGUCAAUCCUGACGGAAUUGAAAAUCCAGUGUCGUUUAUCAGCCAUUUGCCUCCAGCGGAUCCUUAGCUACUUUGGACACGUGGCCAGACGGGAGCCGGACAACCUUGAAAAGCGCAUUAUGGUUGGCAUGGUGGAUGGAGGACGGGGUAGUGGACAUCCACCAACCCGCUGGGUAGACACUGUGAAGAAGGCCUGCCAGGGAUCUACACAGUAUCAGAACGGCGGAAAAUCGUGCAGAAUGGAGAGCCUUUACUACGUCGGGAAAUGCGUAUACACCAGAUACGUGCGGAUCCAGGAUAAGUACGGCUGCGAGAUGUGCACGUGCAUCUACGAGAAGUCCAUGAUGCUGUGCACGCCGUUCGAGUGCAAGGACCACGGGUUACUGGCCCAUGAACUCGACCCGAUGACCUAUAACGAUUAUGUUUUAGGCGUUCCGACGCAUUUUAGUGAAUACAAAUGCGACCCUGGACAGGUGAUUGAAGCCGACGUGCUCUGCGAGUGUAAGUGCGUACGGCGGGACAUCCUAUCCUGCCCGCUCACGUGCCAACUCGGCAGACCGCUCAACUAG